AUUUAGGUUUUGAAGCCCACGAAGCUAAAGAAGACCGUAGAAGCAAUAACACAUAAUGUUUUUUAUGGCAUAAACAGGCCCAGCUUAAGUUUUUUUAUGGCCUAGGCUGCAGGGAUGUUAAAACGGGCCUGAAGCCCGCGGGCCUAAACGGGUAUUGCAUAAUAUUGUUUAUUUAAUUUAUUUUUACGCGGACUUCAAAAGUACAGGCCCGUUUAUAGUUUAGAGUUGCACUAGGUCGUCUCUCUCCAAGAUCUCAACGAGAGUGUGUUUUUGAUAAUCUGAAAUUGAAACAGCUCCCAUAGCUUCUUCUCAAUUUUCUUCAAUUGUUGUUACCCUUCUGCCAAAUUCACGACUUUCUUCUGGGUUCUUCAGAAAACUUGAGAUUAUAUCUCUUGUUUUGUGAUAAAAAAAGAAGCUUUAAAGCUGUGAGGUUCGUGAGGGAAGUGAGUGAGGUUAGUGGUGAGAUUGAACCGGUGAGAUUGAUGUCUACAAUUGACAUGGGUUUGUUGUUGUGUUCCUUGAGUUGAGUUUUCUGGUGGAAUCUGCGGUGAGUUUGAAUUUUAAGAGGGUUUCUAAUCAGAGCUUGAAGAAGAAGAAUUGUAGCUUAGUUACGUUUGGGCAUUGCAACUUUCUCUUCUCACUCCUUAUAUUCAGGUAAAAGUGAGACGGGCCUAAAUGGGCUCGGGUCUAAACGGGUUAGGCCCUCAACGGGCCGGGUAGCCCGUUUUAACACUACUAGCCUAGGGUUUUAGUUUUGCAAAUAACGACGCCGUUUCACUUUAUUCCUUCGCCGCCACCGUGUAGAGCAAAUCGUGGUCUCCAUCUCCGCCUGAAUCAUACAUACCUCGAAGGAGCUCUUCUAAUCCUUUCCGUCAAAGAAGAGAGGAGCAAAAACUCCUCUGAUAUUGGAGCAUCGUUUGUGUUCUCUUCCCAUAUUGUUAAACGAUUUCGUUUGGUUGAAGAAAAAGCUUCUGGUGGUUAAAGUCUCUCUGCUCAACCUAAGAGAUGAAAAUAGUGAAGGCAAACGCAGGAGCACUUACCAAUUUCGAAGUGCUUGACUUCUUAAACUCAAGGGGUGCAUCAAAAGAUACUACAAGAGUUAUUGCUCCAAUUGCUAGAUCAGAAUACAAGGUCUAUGAUUAUUUGGUGGAGACUGCUGCUUCUACUCAAACACGAGAGAGCGUUACCAAAUUCGCAGACAAGUGCAAAGAUUUCAAAGUCGCCAAAGCUGAGAUUCUCAAUAUCAUCAAUCUCCGGCCUUCUUCUAUUGUCGAAUUGUUACCGAUCAUAGAGACACCGGAUGAUCGAAAAAUCAACACAGAUGGGAUAUUAGAGCUUGUGAAGGAUUUGUUACCGCCUCUGCCAACAACUGAAACACAUGAAGAUAAUGCCGAAGAAGAAACAGACAACGGUGAACAGUUGUGACUUGCAAAUGAAGUUUUUGAGUUGUUAUCUUUUAGCUAAGAAUAUAUAUUUUAAUUUUUGUAAGUUGUAACAUACACUUAACGCUUAUUAACUAAAUGGAGUUGCAGAGUUUUUUCGGCCA